ACUCUUCUGACCAAUUAACCCACCAAACGUUUGGCAAUGGGUGCACCAUCAUAUUUAAAUAUAUAGUCUCUACUCGACCAACAUAAACCCAAGAAGAAUGGCCCGAUCACUAAAUCUCACAGCCCUCCUUUCUUUCAACUUCUUCAUCAUUUCAUUCUUUCUAACGCAAACACAAGCAACAAACAGCCAAACCAUAACCGAACUUACCGAUACAAACCGUAAUAUACCGGUGCCGGAGAAUCACCCGAGCACAACAGAUGGAGAAGAAGAGCAAGAGCCAGUCUUUGUCCGAGAUACAGGACAUGGUUAUGGUCUAUAUGGCCGUCGAACAAGCCACACCAACAAUGAAGAAGAUAACUCAAACGAGAACAACGACAACGACAACGAUCAGUUUUACUAUAGAAGCGACGCCUUUGGAAACCGCAAUGGAAUCGAUAACUGUAAGUUGUAAUAUAGCGGUUGAUGGAAGAAGCGUGAUGUCCUGAAUAAGCCUGAAGU